GCGUUGACCAGAGUAAAGAUGGCGGAUGUGUUGGGGACCGAGCUGUCAGAAGAGAAAGAAAACGAAAUUGAGCUAAAGAAAAGACAGAAAAGACCUUGGGAAGAGUUUCGCAGGUCGGGAAAAAUCGGGAUAACUCCAGAGCUGCCGGAGACGUUGGGGUUUUUCGACAUUAGUGCAGUGAAGAGGGAGCAGCAAGAGGUCUCAGCAGAUCCAUCGUUGACACGCUUCAUUUGUACAGAACUCACCAGAGGCUACUUCCUGGAACACAAUGAAGCAAAGUACACAGAGCGCAGGGAGAGGGUAUAUACAUGCAUGCGUAUUCCCAAGGAGCUGGAGAAGCUGAUGAUCUUUGGCUUCUUCCUGUGUGCCGAUGCCUUCCUGUACAUCUUCACCUUGCUACCCCUCAGAGUGCUGCUGGCUCUGCUUCGCCUCCUCACCCUGCCAUGCUGUGGCUUCAGGGCACGCACAUGCCCCUACUGCAAAAGAAGCAGCGGGUCACGACUGCUGCAGCCAGCGCAGGUUUGUGAUAUGCUGAAGGGGCUGAUCCUGGUGCUGUGCUUCUCCAUGAUGCACUACGUGGAUUACUCCAUGAUGUAUCACCUGAUCAGAGGACAGUCCGUCAUCAAGCUCUACAUAAUCUACAACAUGUUGGAGGUUGCAGAUCGCCUCUUCUCGUCUUUUGGUCAAGACAUCCUGGAUGCUCUAUACUGGACGGCCACUGAACCCAAAGAACGCAAAAGAGACAAUAUAGGAGUUAUCCCUCACUUUUUUAUGGCUGUCUUUUAUGUCUUUCUUCAUUCCAUCCUCAUCAUGGUCCAAGCCUCCACUCUGAAUGUUGCCUUCAACUCACACAACAAGUCUCUGCUUACCAUCAUGAUGUCCAACAAUUUUGUGGAGAUCAAGGGAAGCGUCUUCAAGAAAUUUGAGAAGAACAAUUUAUUCCAAAUGUCUAACAGUGAUAUAAAAGAACGGUUUACCAGUUAUGUUCUCCUCAUCAUCGUCUGUCUCAGGAAUAUGGAGCAGUUUUCAUGGAACCCAGACCACCUGUGGAUGUUGUUCCCUGAUGUCUUUAUGGUCGUCAUGUCAGAAGUUGCUGUUGACAUCAUAAAACAUGCAUUCAUCACAAAGUUCAACGACAUCACAGCAGAUGUGUACAGUGAAUACAGAGCCAGUCUGGCCUUCGAUCUUGUUAGCAGUCGACAAAAGAACGCCUACACUGACUAUAGUGACUCAGUGGCCCGGAGGAUGGGCUUCAUCCCUCUGCCGCUGGCUGUUCUGCUAAUCCGAGUGGUGAUGAGUUGUGUGAAGGUACAGGGAGCUCUGUCAUACCUAUGUGUGUUCCUCUUUUACCUCGGGAUGGUUACUCUAAAAGUUUUAAACAGUAUCGUGCUACUGGGGAAGUCUUGUGUUUAUGUCAAGAGAGCCAACAUGGAGGACAAACUGUUUGAGAGGCCGCCGACCGCUCCGUCCUUCUCUGCAAAGAGUCCCAGCAAAUCUGACCCACGCAGAUGCGCUAAAUCUUCAGGUGAAUCCAGCGUGGAUCAGAUUCCUGUUACACCUUGUAGCCCUCCAACCUCCUCUUCAUCCUCUGUGACCACCCAGCCGGCUCCCCGGCCUGACUUGUUUCUCCCUCCCCCCACUGAUGCCUCACCUGCGACAGCAGAUAGCUGUCCUUCGACCUCAGAACCCCAAUCUGACGCUGAACCACCAACAGCUUCACCUUUACAGGAAGAGGAGGCAGACGAAGCCUCCGAUAUGAACCACAGAGCUCCCAAUAAAGACCUGCUGGAGAUCGACCGCUUCACAAUCUGUGGCAACCGAAUUGACUGACCAACAGCAGCGGCCGCAAGUAACCCACUCAGGUAUAGCGGAGAGCGCAGGCUCUCAGCCAGAUCCUCCAAGCUGAAAGCAGAGUAUUUAUUGACAAUACGAUAAGUUAUUGUUACCAGAGACACAGCGUCAGGCGGUUCUGCUGUGGUCGACGCCUCAGGUCGAGAAGUUUGACAAAGAACACUUCAGGUGUCUGAUAAACAGCAGGAGACAGAAAGUGUGAGUGUGGCAGCCGAGUCGUCGGGACAAUCUGCCAAUUGUAUGCGUGGGCACGGGGGGGUACGCGUGUGUGUGUGUCUGUGUGUGAAAGAAAUACGUGUGAGUGUGACAGCACACAAGCACUUCCUGAUUGAGCAGCUGUGGGAUCAGAAGGAGAGAAACGUCGCUCUGCAGACAGAAAACAAACUAAAACCACAGAUUUUUAAAGCAAGCGUCAGAAUAUUCAUUUUGUAUAAGAAAAGAUGCUGAAGUAUCAACAUAUUGGCUUUCAAGACUAAGUGGUUAUUUUAGGCAUUUAUGUUGAGAUGGUGUUGCAAACAGAAAAACAGGAAAUAUAUUUUUGCACAUAUACAUCAGUAUGUUAUUCGGUUUAUUGGGGAUAAUAAAAUGUGGAUUACAGAGAACUACAUGAAAUUUAUAAAUCAAAACAUGAAUCAGCAAACAUGAAAUCCAAAGUAAAGUAAAAAAAAAAAACAUUCUUUUAAACUGUUGGCCUUAAGAGGGGUGUUUUGUUUACAUCAUUGUAUCAGUAACAAACAGAAACUGUCUGUUAAUGAAGCUUCUGUCAGCAGCUUCAGACAGAAGCUGCUGACAGAAGCUGCUGACGUUAACUCAGCAGCUUCUGUCGGUCCCUGACUCGGCAAAUGGAGACCAGAAGUGGAGGAUGCAGCGGGUCAGUUACAUCUAUAAUGUCACCUUUUUAUGAACAAAGUGAUAAAUCAUUCAAUAUUGCCAUCUUCAAAGUCUUGACAUCCAUUAAGACGGGAUAUGACUGAGUGCGGCACCUCCUCUGGAAUGUACCAAGUUUUUAAUUCUUUUGUUCUCGAAUGUUUGCACUGAUGGACCAUUAAGUUAUAUCGAGUCAUGUUUCACUUAAACUCAGCUGAUGUUUCCAUAGGAACAUCUUAGAAAGAUAGAAGCAAUAUUUCCACGACAGAAUGCCUUUUUUUUGCAUGUGUGCUUUAAAACCUGUGAUUUGACUGACUUUAAGAAGUUAUUGUAAACCAUUUUUUAUUGUGAUUAAAAUAUAUGACAAAUAUAUAGAGUAUAUAAAAACUGUUUGUUUAUAAUUAAAUGUAAGGACCAUAUAAAAAUCCCAAACUUGAUUAUAUUUUUAUGAUAGAAAGUCAAGCAAAGCCCUUCAGUUUUAUCAGAAAUGAAUCAGUUUCAAAUGUAACACAAAUAUAGUUUGAUUUGCUUUCUGGUUUCUUCCAUUAUUACACAGUUAAUUUGUAUAAAAUAUUUUCACUGAAACAAUUUCAAAAGAACUGUUGACUUGUAAAACUGAAUCAGAUUAUUAGGAAUUCAUUAUCUUUGUCAUUCAGUCUUGGAAACAAAAAUGUACUUGGAACAAGAACGUACAGACAAAUGUUAAAUAUUGUUUAAGCAGAAAAAAGUUGACAUUAAUGUUUAAGGCAAAGUGUUGAUUUACAUUGUCCUUUUCCAUCACAACAAGGAAUAUGGUUCUACUUGGGGAACUGUAAAUGGCUCAAAUUUUCCAUGUAAAAUGUGAUUCCUCAAACCAUUGCGUGGUUUUCUCAGAAGGCCAGAACUCUCCCAUGUUUUGUUCGGAGUCGUCCAAACUUUGUUUGUUUACAGUGAAGGGCAGCCGAACUGCAGGCGGCCAAUGCUGAGAUCAACAGAACUGAUGAAGUGAAGUGUUUUUAUGUCCAGUACACUGCCUGCUCUGUUUCAUUAGUUUAGAUUUAUAUUUAAUUCAUACCUUGAUAAUGAAUGAAAUUGCUUUUUUGGAAUAAUAAAAGUUUUG